UCUCUCUCUCUCAUUAUUCAACGCCCAAAAAAAACAAUGCAACGUUCGAAAAAGGAGACAAGUCAUGUAAACACUGCCUAAAAUAUGAUGCUUUCGGCCUCCAUGUGAUAUCAAUCUUAGACGUCUGCUUUUGGAUUUUGGAAGGAGUUACAUAAGCUGAAGAUAAAAUGUCUGCCGUCAAUUUUAUUUACAAGGCUGUUUUUAAACGUACUUCCACCUUUGUAUUCUCCAUUGUCGUUGCCAGCUUCCUUUUCGAACGAACAAUAGAUGCUACAACUGAUGCUAUUUUCGAAUCAAGAAACAGAGGGAAACUGUGGAAGGACAUCAAGCAUAAAUAUGAGUAGUAAACGAUUCAAGAAAAAAAAUGUAAUUAUUAUUAUGUCAUAAAAUAGUCAAUAUUAUAUUUACUUUUCUUGAAAUCCAAAGAAUUAAUGAUUUAUAUAAAAACUAAAUAAAACUUUAUGUUAAGAUAUUUUUAAUGUAGAAAAGUGUUUAUUAUAUUAACACAUUAUAAUUAAUAAAUUCUAUUGGUUCACUCUA